UGCAGCAGCGUCUCGACGACACUCAAAAGUGAGCACACCCAUAUAUUCACAUACAUACAAACUUACUUUUGGACCUAUAUAGGAGAGCGAACGAAGGCUGAAGUGCGACGUGUCUACAUUUGAAAGGGAGUCUAGGUGCUACCAAAUUGGGUGUUAUCGUGGCUAUGGCAGAAAGUAGUAGCCCCGACGACUCUCAAGGCCUUCACAGUAACUACAAGGGCGCCGCGACCUCCUCCGCUGGGGGGACGGGCGAAGGGGGCAUCAAGGAGCAAGACCGCCUCCUCCCGAUCGCGAAUGUGGGGAGGAUCAUGAAGCAAAUCCUGCCCCCGAAUGCGAAGAUCUCGAAGGAAGCCAAAGAAACGAUGCAGGAGUGCGUGUCGGAAUUCAUCAGCUUCGUUACGGGAGAGGCGUCCGACAAGUGCCACAAGGAGAAGAGAAAGACUGUGAAUGGAGAUGAUAUAUGCUGGGCUCUUAGCAAUUUGGGCUUCGACGACUAUGCGGAGCCCAUGAGGAGGUACCUGCAGAAGUAUAGAGAGAUGGAAGGGGAUAGAGCCGCUUCGGGGAGUCAUAGUAACAAAGCGAGUGGCUCUGAUGCCAGGGAUCAAUCUCCGGGAUCUGGUCAUCAUUUCAUGUUUAAUGCUAUGGGGGACGGGAGUAAUGAUCCUUCGUCGCGGCAAUUUUAGGCUCUUUGGGGCUACUGAGAUGAGUGUACAAUACCUAGUUUUAUCUGAUAAUUGAGUUGAUAAAGAAGAUCAAGCUAUGAUUUACGCUGUGCAUCGGAUUUUAUUCAGUAUAAAGUCAGAUCAAAUCUUGUGUUUCUGCUUAAUUUGCUUGUAAGCAUUAAUUAUCUGCCAAGAACAACAAUAUGUUGUUUCGUUCUCUUUAAAUUGACAGAUUAGUUUCCAUUUGCAGAUGUUA